AAACACGCUGGCCAGUUGCGUCGCAGCUGAAGAUGCUGAGACAGGCUAGGCUCUGGCGCCUGUGGCGACGGCCUCCGGCGGCAAGGGUCCUAGCAGCGAACCUUGGCGGCAGAGAAGUCGCUUCCGGUGUGUUUCCCCUUGGUAAUACCUCGCCCGGAGCCCUGAAUAUCUUUGACCGGAAUUUGAAGAGAAAACAGAAGAACUGGGCGGCCCAGCAGCCCGAGCCAAUGAAGUUUGACUACCUGAGAGAGGAGGUUGGAAAUCGGAUUGCAGACCGUAUAUAUGACAUAUCCAGAGAUUUCACCCUUGCUUUGGAUGUUGGUUGUGGAAGAGGUUACAUAGCACAGCAUUUGAAUAAGGAAACUGUUGGAAAAUUUUUCCAAACAGACAUUGCAGAAAAUGCUUUGAAAAAUUCCUUAGAAACAGAAAUUCCUACUGUCAGUGUUUUAGCUGAUGAAGAAUUUCUUCCCUUCCGAGAAAAUACAUUUGACCUGGUGGUAAGCAGUUUAAGUUUGCAUUGGGUGAAUGAUCUUCCUAGAGCACUUGAACAGAUUCAUUAUGUUUUAAAACCAAAUGGAGUUUUCGUCGGUGCAAUGUUUGGAGGUGACACGCUCUAUGAGCUUCGGUGUUCAUUGCAGUUAGCCGAAACAGAAAGGGAAGGAGGAUUUUCUCCACACAUUUCUCCUUUUACUGCUGUCAAUGACCUAGGACAUCUGCUCGGGAGAGCUGGCUUUAAUACCCUGACUGUGGAUACGGAUGAAAUUCAAGUUAACUAUCCUGGGAUGUUUGAAUUGAUGGAAGACUUACAAGGUAUGGGUGAGAGUAACUGUUCUUGGAAUAGGAAAGCCCUGCUACACAGAGAAACAAUGCUGGCAGCUGCAGCGGUUUACAGAGAAAUGUACAGAAAUGAAGAUGGUUCAGUACCUGCCACAUACCAGAUCUAUUACAUGAUAGGAUGGAAGUAUCAUGAUUCUCAGGCAAGACCAGCUGAAAGAGGUUCUGCAACCGUGUCAUUUGGAGAGCUAGGAAAAUUAAACAAUCUUAUGUCACAGACGGAAAAGUCACAAUAAAUAUUUUAUUCAGUGUUA